AUGCGGCUGCCGACCGAUCGCCGUUUUACAUUGACGAGUUUGCUUGUCCUUCUCACACUCCUUCAAACAACUGGCUUGUACCUCUUUCUGAAAGGGUUUCUUCUCACACGACAGACCUUGGACUUGCCGACAUUGCCGAAUGACAGUGUAUCGACACACUUUGAUCGGGUGAUACUGAUCAUCAUUGACGCGCUUCGUUUCGACUUUGCUGUAUCAUCGGACCCAAAGCAAGAGAAUGAAUACUACAGAAACCAGCUACCUGUAUUUGAACGACUCUUGGCCCAACAGCCAUCCUCUUCCCUUCUAUUUCAAUUUCGAGCAGAUCCACCCACCACCACUAUGCAACGUGUCAAAGGCUUGAUGACAGGGUCAUUACCCACAUUCAUUGACGCAGGCUCCAACUUUGCAUCAUCCGCCGUGAACGAAGACCAUUUAUUACGCCAAAUGCGAACACGCUAUGACGACUUUUACUUUAUGGGUGAUGAUACAUGGGUGAAUCUGUAUCCAGAGAUCUUUGAAUCGAACAAGACAUUCGAGAGUGACAGCUUCAAGAUGUUUGAUUUGGAUACAGUGGACAAUCGUAUUCUGGAGCAUUUAUGGCCUAUAGUGGAUCAGGAUCAGUGGCAAGUCGCUAUUGCUCAUUUCUUGGGUGUGGAUCAUUGUGGCCAUACCUUUGGUCCAUCGCAUCCAAACAUGGCAACCAAACUCAGUCAAAUGAACAAGGUCAUUGAACAAUUGGUGGAUCGAGUCGUGGACGACAAGACGUUAUUGGUGGUGAUGGGUGAUCAUGGCAUGUCAGUGGAAGGCGAUCAUGGCGGUGAAAGUGUGGAAGAAUUGAUCAGCACCCUGUUCAUGUACUCAAAACGACCCAUCACGGAUACACGCAUGAAGGACUUUUAUCGGCACAUCCACGAAUCAAGAGCCGAUCAGCUUGGUUACAACAUGCGUGAGAUUCAAGAACGGCUUCAUUAUGAUCCCAACACCUAUCCAAUCGUAUCACAAAUCCAUCUCGUGCCCACAUUGGCAUACAUGUUGGGUGUCCCUAUUCCCUUUGGCAACUUGGGAGCUCUGAUUCCAGAUGUUGUGAUGCCCAACAAUGAUGCUGCUUCACCCUUGCAACAUAUGACACACGCGUUUCGACACAAUGCACGCCAAGUCCGACACUAUCUUGAUCAGUAUUCGGCACACACAGGCCAUCCAGGAUUUUCAGCCGAUGCCUUGAGUCCCAUGUAUGAGCACCUUGUCAAUGCAGAGAACCAUGAAGCCAUGGGUGAUUUGGAAGAUGCUAUAUUUGAAUACGACCGUUUCUUGACAAGCACGAUCAAGUACUGCCAAGCGAUUUGGGCACAAUUUGAUGUGGGAUCCAUGGCUGUGGGCAUUUCCAUUCUGGUGGUAACCACAUGUUCCAGUGUUUAUUUAUCAUUUGUGAGUGAACCAAGUUUGUCAUUACGCAGGGCAUUCAUCGUGGCGGUGAGCACAUUACUGGUCAGCUCAAGUGUGGCAAUUGUGGCGCUCAAGGAUGAUAUCCGAAGCCAUGGAUGGUUUGAAAAAAUGUCGCAAAUGGAUGGCUUGCUGGCCUUGAUUAUGAUGGCGUGUGCUACAGUGCUUUUGUUUGGUAUCAAGGACCUCCAUCAUCACUCGACCUUUACACCUACUACAUGGAUCCUUGUUUUAUUGGGUGUCAUUGUUCAUGCACUCACCUUGGGUUCCAACAGCUUCGUUGUUUGGGAGGAUCGCAUGAUACGAUUCAUAGCAGCUACAUUGUGCGUCGCGUGGGCAGUGUGCAGUCGUCAAAUGGGUGCUCCUCUUUUUGUUCUUGGGUGGAUUCGCUUAACUGGUCUUGCUGGUCAAUGCCGAGAAGAGCAAUUUCCUUAUUGCCGCUAUCUCCACAGCAUGUCUUUUACUACCGAUCAUCCAGCAGCCAUGUUAGCAUACGUCACAUUCAAUGGAGCAUUGAUUUCCUAUGUAUUACCACGCCUUUUCAAGCAAAGAUCGCACAACAAAUCUUGGCAGCAAUGGAUGUAUCAAGCCGUUCUUUGUGUGGUGUUUGUUCGGCAGAUACAAGAGCUAUAUGAAAGCAGCAGCAAUAGCCCAUCAUUACCAUGGUGGUCAUUGAAGUUGUUGAAUGUUUAUCUACCUCGGAUGGUGUAUCUUUUCAGCAUGGUGGUGUUGCUACGUGCACGCGUAUCUUGGUGGUCGUUCAUGUCGAUUUGGAGUGCCGCUUUGGCUAUGCUACAAAGGCCAUUGGCAAGUACUAUCAUGUUGACAGUGCCAGGGAUCGUGAAUUUAUUGACUACGUCGGCGUCAUCUGGUGCAGAUAGCAUUGUAAGGCUUGUAUUGAUGCAUACUAUUGGGCAGCAUCUCUUCUUCGUUACCGGUCACCAGGCAACAUUUACAUCGUUACCAUGGAAAGCAGCCUUUAUUGGAUUUGACGACAUGAACUAUUACGGUGGUGCAACAUUGGUUGGAUUAUCAACACUUGCAGGCCCAUUGAUAGCAUGGAUUAGCUGGCCAUUGCUUGUAUCCAAUAGCAGCCGUCAUACUCGACCCCAGCAGCAGCAGCAGCAGCAGCUUUCCCUUUACAUGCUCAUGAUCAUGCAACUGAUUCCUACAUGCUUUUCAGCCUUGUUUGUACUUGUCUUACGAAGGCAUUUGAUGACAUGGAAGAUCUUUGCUCCAAGAUUUUUAUUACAGGCCCUGCUCGGGGUAGGCUCUCAUAUAGCAGUUAUCCUGUGUGCGUGGUUCAGCCCAAUACAGACAACAACUUGA